AGUGUUUCGUCACAGUUUUCACAUCAGUUGAUCUUGCUCUUGAAUCUUGGUGUGCUGCUCUGAGUUUGUUUGUACGUGUGUACAGAAUGUUCCAUGGAGGACGGAGUUCUGGUUCUGUUGGGAGUUCUAAUGGAUUCUUCUUCUCCUCCAGAACAAAGUUCAUCCGGUACAGCUGGUUUCCAUGGGGACCACAGGCGCGACAAGAAUCCUCCAGUUGAGCGUGUUCUUGGGAGUCUUUGUGGAUGCCGCUUUCUUCUUCACAGGGUCGCACAGUUCCAAGUGUGACAGCACGGUGGAUUCCCUGGACUUAAGCUACCUCCUGUGGUGGAGCUGUUCCCUGGACAACCCAAACACCACCUACACCGUCCAGACCAAACAGCAGGGUGAGCCAUGGCUGAACGUGACAGGGUGUGUGCGUGUGUCGUCCCCCCACUGUGACCUGACCCGAGUCUUCCCGGACCUGAACCUGUACCACCUGAUCCGCCUGGGGCUGCAUGUGGGCCCACAGGACCUGGUGUGGACAGAGCCACGCUCCCUGGACCACGAGGACUUCAUCUUCAGCCCUCCCUCGGUCUCCGUCUCCCUGGACAAGGCUGUGCUGGUUGUGGAGGUGCAGUUCCCAUGUUCAGCCAGCAGGAGGUGCUCUCUGAGGAGCUGCUGUCCUGUGUCAGAGUUCAUCGACCCCUGGACCACCAUCACCGUCUACAACCAGCUCAACCUCUCCCAAUACCAGAGGCGGACUGUGUGGACCCUGGACGUGGUGGCCAGGGAGGAGUUCUCAGAUCUGGCUGCAGGACAAGUCUUCUGCGCUGUGGCCAACUUCUCCCUCCAACCCCGCUCCUUCACCCCAGCAUCCUCCCCCUCCUCACCUCCCCAGUGUGUCCCCACAGCCCCGAGACCAGGUUAUCAGCAGCCUGUGUGGGUGUGGACGGGGGUGAGUUGUGCCCUCCUCUUCCCUCCCCUCCUCCUCCUCCUGGUCCUUCUGAGACGGACUCGCACACCGGACAUGACAGAGGAGCUCCCCAAGGCGCUGGUGUCCCUCUAUGAGCCUGUGUCCACUGACGCCGUCCACCUCAGUGACGUCCACCUGGAGGUUCUAGAAGAUCGCAUGUCCAUCCUUUCCUCCUCCGCCUACGUCAACACGGACACCCAGGAGCAGGCCUCGAGCCUGGGGGACGAGUGCAUUCUCAGCCCCCUUUCCUAG